CUGUGUGCGCGCGGGGCCGGGACGCUGCCCUUGCGUGGGAGCCCUGCAGCCUCCGAGAGAUAGGGCCUUCCCCUGCCCAGAACCGCCGGACGAAGCCAGGCUCCGCCUCUUGCGGUCUCCGAGCGCGUGGUCCAAACCUCGCCGGAUGUUGAUGGCGUCGCCUAGCAACGAGAGAUGGCGGAGCCGAAGCACCAGGCUGACGGCAGGUCACACCUGGAAGGCGAGCAGGCUUCCGAGGAAGAGAAGAAACAGCAGGAUGCUGAAGGCCGUCAGGUGUCACCCCCUCUGGAAAACAAUGGCCAAGAAAUUGAAGAGAGUAGAGAGGCCACCAAGGGUCUAGAAGAGGACACUGAAACUGAAAGCCAGGGCAUGUUUGAAGGGGAAGAGGAAUCCUUUGGAGAGACUCUCCUGGAAACAGAAAUGGAAUCCAUCAAUGAAACUUUCCUGGAAACAGAAGCAGAAUCCUUUGGAGAGACUCUCCCGGAAAGAGAAGAGAAAUCCAUCAGAGAGGACACCCCAGAAAUGGACACUGCCCGAAAGGUGCAGCUGGGCGCCGUUGAAGAGGCCCUCCUAGAGAUGGACUUGGAAUCCGUUGUGGAUGCCGCAGAAAAGGAAGAUGAGUACUCUGGAAAGUACGUCUUCGAAGGGGAGCCCUAUUCUGACGUCUACACCAUCCCAGGGAAGGACUACGACAUCACUGAUCUGGAGAAAGCUGAAGGUGACAUCUCCUCUGAGAUGGCUGAGUUCUCCGAAAGGAUCGCCUCUUCCGAGCUCACCUACUCAGACAUCAGCCCCUGGGAAAUGACUUCUGAGGAAGCGGCUGCUGCCUAUCUGUCUGACCAUCACCUCCCCGGAUCCCAGCUAGCCUGGGGCAGACACACAAAAGACGGCAGGCCGAGAUCCUCAGAGGCUGCCAGCCGAAGAUUCUUUCCCAUGGGGCCACAACACCGCUUCCGACUAAGCAUUAUGGAAAGUCUGGCGUCCUCCGAUGAUAUUGAUGACUUCCGAGAGGACACAGAGGAAAGGCUCAGGCAAGAGCCAGUGCUGCCCACAUCCUGGUCCCAGGACGAAUCGAGGAUACGCUUUAGAGACCACGACCAGGCCAUUGGCCCUGAUGAAGGGAUCCUGGUCGAAAGAGCAACGUUAGAAGACGAGACAGAAGAGGAGGGCUCCCAGCUGGUGGUUCUGGACCCGGACCACCCCCUGAUGGUGAGAUUCCAGGAGGCUCUGAAGAGCUACCUCAGCCGGCAGAUCGAAAAGCUGAAGCUGGACAUCCAAGAGCUGGAUGUGGCCACCAAGCAGGCCCAGAACCAGAGGCAGGAGCUGGGCGUGAACCUGUACGGGGUCCAGCAGCACCUGGCUCGCCUGCAAAUGCAGCUGGAGAAGAGCCACGACCGGCACUCCCUGGCUGCGUGCGAGAGGAGGAGGACGGAGGAGGAGCUGCUGAGGACUCGCGCCCUGUACAACAAGACCUGCAUGACUGCCAACGAGGAGCGAAAGAAGCUGGCAGCCCUGCAGGCGGAGCUGGAGAGCCUGGCCGUGCACCUCUUCUACAUGCAGAACGUAGACCAAGACCUGCGCGAUGACAUCCUCGUGAUUAAGCACGUGGUGAAGAAGACCGAGACACAGAAGAUGCAUGCGGAGAUAGAAAAGAAAAAGCAGGACCUGUUCGUGGACCAGCUCACCGAAAGGGCACACCAGCUGGAAGAAAAGGUCUCCCUGUUUGAGGCUCAGUACUUGUCCCAGGCCGAGGACACUCGGAUUCUCAGGAAAGCAGUGAGCGAGGCCAUCACCGAGAUCGACGCCAUCACCAUGGAGAAGAAGCGUGUCCUGCAGCAGUGGGCCACCAGCCUCAUGGGCAUGAAGCACCGGAACGAGGCAUACUGGACUGUGCUGGAUUCGCUCAGGGAGUGUGAGCAUCAGGUCAAGUCCAUAGACGGUGACAUGGAAGCCUAUAAGAGGUCCAUCAUGAAGGAGGAAGAAAAGAACGAGAAGCUGGCCUGCCUCCUGAACCGCUCGGAGACAGAAGCCACGUUGGUGAAGAAAAUGACCGUCCAGUGCUUGAACAAGCAGGAAGCCCUGCAGAGCGAGUUUAACACCUACCAGCUGGCCCUGCAGGACACGGAGGAGAUGCUGAACAAGGGCUACCUGGAACACUCAGCAGUCCUGAGUGAGCUCCAGAUAGCCCGGCAGGCUGUCUGGCAGGAGCAGGAGCUACGGCAGAAGACGGACACCGCCAUCCUGGACAAGCUGCAGGAACACGGGACGUCCAGCAAGAUGACCAAGUACUAUCAUCACCUCCUUCGGAAGCUGCAGAAGGAGAAUACCAACCUGGUGACGCAUCACUUGAAGAUUGACGGCGAUAUCGCUCAGACCACGCUGGACCUCACCAACACCCACUGCAAGGUGGACAUGCAUAAGAAGACGCUGCUGGAGCUGGACAAGGAGGUGAAGAGGUUCAACGACCUCAUCACCAACAGCGAGAGUGAGAUCGCACGGCGCACGAUCCUCAUCGAGCGGAAGCAGAGCCUCAUCAACUUCUUCAACAAGCAGCUGGAGCAGAUUGUGUCGGUGUUGGGGGGGGAAGAGCUUGGACCCCUAGAGCUGGAGAUCAAAAGGCUGUCGAAGCAGUCGGAAGAGAUAAACGGGGUAUUGGCUGAGGCGCAGGUGAACUGGCUGCGGCUGCAGCAGGACCUGGUGCAGGUCACCAACGAGCGCGAGGAGCAGAUGGUGUGCCUGGACCAGCUCAAGAAGGACAUGCACAUCAUGGAGCAAAAGAAGCUUCGCGUAGAGAACAAGAUCGAGCAGGAGAAGAGGGAACAAAAGGAGAUUAGCCGCCACAUGAAAGACCUGGGCAAUGACCUCACCAAGCUGAACUCGCUGUUGGACAAGAACCGCUGCAGCUCGGAGCAGCUGCAGCAGAGCAACCUGGUGGCCGAGACAGACUUCGUGCACAUACUGAAGAAAGCAGAAAGAGAGAGCAUCCAAAUGCAGGAAAAGCUGACACAGCUCCAAGAGGAAAAGGCCACCCUCCUCAACAGCCUGGUGGAGGCCGAACACCAGAUCAUGCUCUGGGAGAAAAAAAUCCAACUGGCUAAAGAGAUGCGGGCCUCGGUGGAUUCUGAGACCGGGCAGACAGAGAUCCGAGCCAUGAAGGCUGAGAUCCACAGGAUGAAGGUGAAACACGGACAACUGCUGAAACAGCAGGAGAAGAUGAUCCGAGAGAUGGAAAUGACCGUGGCCCACAGGGAGAACGUUGUGAUCCAGGCCGAAUCAUCACGCAAAGCUGACAAGAAGAUGAUCACCAGGAACGACUUCCACUUCCAGCAGAAUGAGCUGCGAAGGAAAAUCAGGGACAUUCGCAAGGCGACAGACGAGUGCGUCAAACACAUUUCAGAUCUGGAGGCAACUCAAAAGCUGCUCAACAGCACUCUCCAGGAGAGGCAGCACUCCCUGUCAGCGAUGCAGAAUGAAACGGACAUUCUCGAAAAUGAGAUCACUCAGCUCUCGACUCUCAAACGACAGAACCUCCUGGAGAUCGUGACCAUGCAGACACGCGCCAAGAACCUGCAGGCGGCACUUGACGGGAAGUACGUGUUCCUGUACCGCAACACCAAGUCCCAGAUGCUGGAGCGCAACCGGCUGGACAUCUGGCUGGCCAAGUUCAGGACCAUCUUCGCCCAAGUGAUGAAUGACUACCCCCAGUUCCAGGAGGCGCUACAGCACAUUCAGCAUAAGCUCGCCAGCAAGAUGGACUCCUAGACCUGCCAAGGCUUCCUGGCAGGAGACCCGUGUCCCGAAAAUCUAUUCGUCCCCUAGAACAACACCCUUCUUAAGAAACACUCACAGGCCAGACACACGUGAAUCGUAGCCACUCACACCAGCUGUGACGAAGCAUUCCUGAUCCGCUUUGGUGAGUUCGAAAAUCCAACUCUCCCCAUCCAGGGCAAGACCACUCACUCCGUUGGCAGUUCUGAGGUCUGCCUCACCGUCCUGGGACAGACCCUCAGUUUUGUGGAGCAAGCAAUGGAGAGAGGGAAGCCAGGAGCAAGACAGAGCUUCAUCCCUCACAGGGCCUGCUCCAGCUGUCUGAACUGCACGACCUACCCUCCUUCUCCACCCCGAAGAGAGCUCCCCUUCUGCCAACCCAGGAAGCGCUAAGCCAGACUGAAACCCAAAGAUCAAAGCCAGAACCCCAGGGUUCCAAGGAGGGCAAAUGUCUGUGGAGGAGGAAAGUGCUUCAGAAAAGGGGACACCUGUCUCUCACCCACCGACCUCCGACCUCUCUAUUCUCCACCUCCCCUCCCCUCCCCUCCCCUCCCCUGGAUUUCUGAGCACCAGUUGUGUGCUCUUGUAGAUGUGAAAUGGAAAAUGUCCUGUGGAGUAAUUUCAAUUUUAAACUUUACA